AUGAAGGCUACACACUACAUGAUACGCCGUGGAGUUUGGCAAAAAAUGAAACGAAGAGAUCUACCAUAUGGAAGAAGAUGCAUCAAAUGCAAAUGGGUAUUCAAGAUCAAGAGAAAUGGAGUGUUCCGAUCAAGACUUGUCGCAUGCGGAUACUCACAAAUUCCUGGAGUUGACUUCACAGAACACUUUGCUCCAGUUAUCAAUGACAUCACAUGGAGAAUACUACUGGUUGCGAUGAUGAUUUGGAAACUUGACGCUUGGUUGAUUGACGUGGAAACAGCCUUUCUACAUGGAGAAUUUGAUGAAGGAGAACAGAUAUUCAUGAAUCUGCCUGUUGGAUAUGAUCUUGUGGAUUCGUCAAUUGAUAUGAGUGAAGAUUGUAUUGAAUUAAUGAAAACCGCAUAUGGGACCGUGCAAGGAGCGCGACAAUGGUGGAAAAAGUUCGUGUCGAUCUUGAAAGAUAUUGGAUUCGAAGGUGGAGAUGCAGAUCCUUGUUUGAUGCAUUGGAACAGUGAACAUGGGAUUGUUUUCAUUGGCUUAUAUGUUGACGACUGUCUUUGCAUUGGAAAACCUGAAGCAUUGGAGCUAGUUGAGGCAAAACUGAAGGAGAAAGGACUCACUCUGAAAACCGAAAAGACCCUGAAAGAUUAUUUGAGCUGCGACGUCAGCUUCAACGAAGAUCGCACAAAAGCAGUAUUACGUCAAAUACACUUGUUGAAGACAUUGGAAAAGGAUUUUGGAGAAAUGCAUACAAGACCUGAUACCGCAAAUGCAGUGAGAGAACUAUCAAAGGUACUUGAUUCGACAACACUGAGAGCAAUGAAAGAGAUGAAGAGGAUCAUCAAGCAUGUAUUGGAUACGAAAGGACUUGGAUUGAAAAUUGAACCAGUGAUUGGAUCUAAAGGUGUACUAUGGAACGUCGUUGCGUUUUCUGACAGUGAUUAUGCAGGAGACCCAGAUUCGAGAAAUCACGCAGAAGCAGAGUGGAUUGCCUUGAGUGAAGUGGCAAAAGAAGUAUUAUUUAUUCCACAGAUCCUGGAAACCAUGGGAGUGAAAGUCGAAUAUCCGAUUGUUAUUCGAGUUGAUAAUACCGCGGCAAUUUUCAUGGCGACAAAUGUCACAACGAACCAGAGAACACGACACGUGGACAUUUGCACAAAAUUCGUAACACAAUACACUGGACCGGAUGGUAUUUUGAAGAUUCUAUUUGUGAAAGGAACUGAUAAUGAAUCCGACAUCAUGACAAAGAAUGUAACUGGAAACCUACAUGAGAAACACAUCCCAAAGAUGAUGACAAAUAUCGACGAAGGAACUACAAAAUAG